CAGCAGGCAGCGAAUCUUGAAUCUCUCUUACAAGUCUAUAUAAACAUGACCUGCUGUUCCUUGUCAUGUUUAUCCGGGCAAUGUUCGAGUAAGGGAAAAAAAAAUAAAGAAAAUAGCAGAAAAAUAGGAAAAUAAUGGAGUUGAGCUUGGAUUUAGGUUUAGCUUAUGUACCGAAAAGCAUAUCUGAGUUUCUGGAAGAAGUUUCAGACAUCAAAAAUGGGUUUCAGAGAUUAUCAAAGAUCAGUGAUUAUGUUAAAAGAUUGGAAGAUGAGAUGAAGAAAAUAGAUGCUUUUAAACGUGAACUUCCUCUUUGCAUGCUUCUCUUGAAAGAUGGGAUUGAGAGAUUGAAGGAGGAAGAAAUGCAGUGUAAGGAAAUGAAUGAUGGAUCGGUGACAGAAGAGCUGAUGUUGCCAUUGAAGAGUAAUACUGAGGAAAAUAGAGGGGUAAACAUGGAAAAUGAUGGCGGUGACAAGAAAAACUGGAUGAGUUCUGUUCAGCUCUGGAAUUCCAAUUUCAACAACGUUGAUCACAACAAGAAAGCAAACGCAGUUCAAGAGCUGAAACUGGGAAGUGAAGAUGAAGAUCUGUCCGAGAAACCAAUCGAACUUUGUAAUAAUAAAAGCAAGAAAGGGGCUUUUUUGCCAUUUAAAGGACAAGUUGAUGAGGAAAUUUCAGGUCUUUCUCUUAUGACCCCAAGUUCUGAAUUGGCUUCUUGUAAUCCAAUCUUGAAGAGCGAUAGCAGCUGCAGAAUUGGUUCUGGUUCUUCCUUAUAUACAGAACAAAACCAAAUUAAGUUUCAAACCAAAUCACAACAUCAACAACAGCAGCAGCAGAAUUCUAGGAAACAAAGGCGGUGCUGGUCACCUGAGCUUCAUAGACGUUUUGUUGAUGCGCUUCAACAGCUUGGAGGUUCGCAAGUGGCCACUCCUAAACAAAUUAGAGAACUGAUGCAAGUAGAUGGUCUCACCAAUGAUGAAGUAAAAAGCCAUUUGCAGAAAUACAGACUUCAUAUCCGAAAACUUCCACCUUCUUCAGCUGGGCAAGGAAACGGCCUAUGGUCGGCUCAAAAUCAGUGCAGUGUGCACAUGAAAGCAAACAUUUCACAGUCUGGUUCCCCACAAGGCCCCCUUCUUGCAACUGGUUCUGCUAAAGAUAUGUCAAGUACCGGAGGUGACAGCAUGGAGGCAGAAGAAGAUGAAAAAUCAGAUGGCCAUAGUUGGAGAGGUGUGGUUCACAAGCAAGGAGAGAUUGAUGUAUAGUCAGAUAACUUAUUCCCAUGAAUUUUGCAGAAACAUGGGGAAACGGAUCAUAAUUAUAGUGACUUAGUGACAAUAAUUUAGUCAACAACUAGAGGAAUUUGAUAUUAGUAUCAUGCUUGAGGAACUACCUUAGGGAGAUUUCAAGGAGAUUUUGCAGGUAUCAUGGACUGCUCUAGCUUCUCCCCAUGACUCAAGUUCCUGCUCCGAUAUAUGAGCUUGUGUAAUUCCUAAUGAUGGAUCGUAGGAAGCCAAAAUGACAAUUUUUUAGAGAGUUCUUUCAUUUAUGUUUAGACUUAAACUCUCCUUUAUAACUGAUGUACUUAAUAUCUGAUAUUUGAGGUUUGGUUUGCCGGGUUCCUGCCA